GUCCCACGUGAAGGCAUUCUACAUGGAGACCAGUCGACGCCGACUCGUCUUCGACUCGUUAGCGUCAAGUGGAGACUGCUGCGUGGCCCAGGAGGACGACAUGCAAGCACGCCAAACAGCAGCCUCUCUUGCAGACGGCGCUAACGGGAAGAAGAGGCGCCUGAUUGAACCACCGUCACUUGCCACGGACAAACGCGCUGCUCGCCGCCAAUCGCCCGUGGUGGUGCUCGACUCCGACGAAGAGGAUCAAACGGUGUACUUGUCUCCAGAACCUACCACGUCAACCUCAAAUGCCCACGUCGCCGUUAGUCCACGCCGCGGCAGGUCCCAAGGCCUCAUGCGCAGCAUGCCAUCCCGCACAAUACCAUUCGAGCCCAAAGUCAUUGACUUGACUCUUGAUGACGACGAUGACGACGAUGACGGCGAAGAAGCAGACUCUGCAAGCGAAGGGGAAGACGAUGCCGAGGACAAGGUCCAUCGGCAAGACCUCAUCGACGCCGACUUGUUUUUCGAUCUCACGGACGAGUCCCCGACGCCGAUGCUGGGUCGGUCCGAAGCCCUCCGCCAUCUCGGGCUCGCGUACGCCGAAGUCGACGAGGAUGACCGCGACGUGUACAAGGUGUCGGACGAGAUCGUCCGCAACGAGAUGGCCGCCUGCGCCGACGUUUCCGACGUGGUGCGCACCGCGUCGCAGGCGGACCUGAUCUUCAUGACCACAUACGGCGAGAUCCAGGAACAAGACUUCUCCACAACCAUCAUCCCGCUGCUCCAGCUGCGCGAGUCGGACGUGUUCUACGACCUCGGGUGCGGUACCGGCAAGCCCGUGCUCCAAGUGGCCCUCGAAACCACCUGCCGCGUGUCCAAGGGCAUGGAGCUGUUUGCCAAUCGCGUCGAGAUCGGACAGCGCGCCCUCGGCCGACUCCGCGCCAACUGCCCCGACGUGCUCGAGCAUAAGCGGGUGGUCAUCGUCCAAGGCGACAUUGUGCGGCCUCCGGACGAGGCCAACCUCGUGGACGCGACCGUCGUGUUCAUUAACAACCUCGUCUUCACCGACGACCUCAUGCUCGCCGUGAUGGACAAGAUGCGGCACAUGCGCCACCUCCGCCGCCUCAUCGUGUCCAAGAAACUGUGCGGCCGACACAGCGCCAAGCAGUGCAAGCGCAGCGCGUGCACGCUGUUCGACCAUCCCCCCCGCGAAGCCAAAGUUAACGGCACAUGGGCGGCCAAGGAGAUCACCGUGUAUGUCUACGUGCGUACGUAUACUGCGUAGUAGGACCAGAACCAGCCUGUAGACUUCCCAGUGGACAACAGCAACACGACCUCCACCAACAAGUGUCUCUUGUCUUG